AUGGCUCAAGUUCAUAUUGUCAUACCACAUCAACAAAAAUUGAUCAUGAAAUCAGGUGGAAAACAUGACAUGAACAGUGCUGACAGUAGAGAAAAAAAUCGUUUCACUCGUCGUGAUGAAAGUUCAUCUGAUUGUUCAUGGAAGAAUAGAAAUAUAGGACGUACUACAUUAUAUAAUACACCUUCGAAGGACACAACUCGUUGCGAUCAAUAUUUCAAUGUUAAAACGAUGAAUCGAUACGACUUUGAUAAUGUAGACUAUCGACCAUUUAUGAAAAAAGGACACAAUAGCGACAACGAUGACGAUGUUAAUGACGGUGAUGAUGAUAAUUCGUUAUUUACAAAGCGUAUACCGAAAAAGAUGUACUCAAGUUCAUACAAUCCCAAUGUUCCUGGUGAUCCAUGUCGCGUUUGUGGGUUUGACAGAAAUACAGGACGUAAUUUCGGUGUAAUAACUUGUUCCACAUGCAAAGCUUUCUUUCGAAGAAAUGGCCGCACCGGUUCUUCAUUACCACCUUGUCGUUUCGGUGGUCACUGUGCUGUCAACGAGCGAACGCGUCGUCAAUGCCCGACGUGCCGUUUAGCCAAAUGCUUUGCUGUUGGCAUGCAAAAGGAUCUCAUACGAACAGACGAGGAACGUGCCGCCCGUCUACAACUAGUAAAAGCGAACCGCAUACAACGAUUGGAGAAAAGUCAACAGCGGCUAGUCCUUGAUGCAAAUGAAACGAUUUUACCUACAGAAGCGUCUCCCUCCAUACGUUUACCGACAACCAACGAUUGGAUUCAGUUGACAAACAUUCGUAAUGCCUAUGAACACUUCUGUUUGAAUCCAAUGUUACAAGCCGAAGAAGAACGCGAUGAAUAUUUAAAUGCACAACCUGUGAAAUGUCGAUUAAAAGAACAUUCUUUUCUAAAUGUAUUAAAUACUCGUUUGACAUCAUUAGCUGCAUUUUUCCGUACAACUAUACCCGCAUUUUCCAUUGGAAUGAAUGGAAAUGACCGACAAUGGUUGAUUCGAACGAAUCUACAUUAUUUAUUCCUUUUCUCUUCGAUGGAUUUAAUGAGUAUCAAUGGCAAUCAACCUCAUUUCGUUGAAGCGAAAGCUUGUCACAAUGUUUACGUAUAUGUUUACGGACAAGAAUUACUUGAACGUGAAGAAUAUCUUCUCUAUAAGCUUAAUAAUCUAAUUGGUUUCGACAGCAUGAUUAGUAAAAUGAUGCAGAUAAUUUUAUUUCUUUCUCCAUGUUUAGUCGCCAGUCACAUGCCAACCGUGAAUCUUUAUCAACCAUCUGUCGAAACUAUUCGACAUAUUUUCCAGUCCCAAGAAGAAUAUACUCGCAUGUUAUGGUCGUAUUUAAUCUAUCGCUAUGGUGAAUACAAAUCAUAUAAACUAUUUAUGAAAAUUAUAGGACAAGUACUCGAACAUCAACGAUACGGUGCCGAUGUGGACAACAGUCUGAUCGAAAGGCAGCCAUUUGGCGGUCUUGUCUACUCAUUAUUAACAUCGUUUUCACUAGAUUAA